AUAUAUAUAUAUAUAUAAAUUAAAAUCUAUAACAUUCUGUACACAACAGAAAGUGAUAUUAUUGGAUGAUGAUGCGAAUUUCUUGUUAUUCCUCGAUUAUGUUUGGAAGUGGUUAAGAGAAAAGGCCGAUCAGUCUUUAAUCAUGUGGUACCAAUCUUUGCUUCGAGAAUCCUGACAACUGGCUGCUGUCGGCAAUGAAGGAAGAAUGCAGACAAUCUCUAGGCUUAUCCCUUUCGAGAAAGCACCGUUCUCGGUUCUCCUAGAAAUAGAAUAUUAAUCUUUCUCUGCUUGGUUAGCGGUGCCUGAAACACAUUACUUGCAAGUUACUGUACAACCCAAACUAGAUGCAAUUUCUUCCAAGAAUAAUCGAACAUUUUGAAUCGGAAAGAAUAUUGAAGCAUAUGGGUGGAUGGUUUGAAUUGAAAUUACUGCAGCAAUGACCAAAGUAAUGGAGAAUAUUCAUUAUUUUCAAGAAUGUGUGGAAAGGAUAAUGGUGGUGUUGAUUGUGUUAUCUUUAUUCUCAACCAUUUGCCAUUUUCAGAAAUCAAUACUAACCAUGUCAUCAGCCUUCUCCUUCUGACCCCUUUUUGGUUUGAGUAUGGAUGAGACUCCUCUCCAUUCAAUCCCACCACCAGCAUAUUUUCUUUUUUGGCCUGAAAAUGAUGAAUUAUUCAAUUUCAAAAAAUAGUAAUGACUGAGUAUGUGUGCAAGUAAAAUAAGCAACAAUGUUAAAAGUAAAACCAAUACAGCACAAAUCAAGCAGGUGGCGCGUUCCUUGUCCAGUAUGUACACCAAAGAGAAUAGGGGUGCAAGGAGCCAAGCUAGCGAUGCACUUCCCCAUUCUUGAACAGGGGCGCAACCCAAUGGCCUGCAGCUUUUAACCAAAGUAUUACUAUGAAAUGGACAUAGUGCUAGAAGGAUAAAAAGUUCUAAUCAAACUUCAGAAAACAGGCUAGAAAAGCAGGGGAUACCUCCUCUACCUUAGCCUUUUACCAAAGAAAAACUAGCUAAAGUUGCAGGGAAAAUACCUUCUAGUGUUACCUCCACAAAAGUUGAACGUUAGUUAACAAAAUGAGGAGCAUACUUAUGAGACCCCUUGCCUUGUGACCGUCAGCUGCUACUAUCUAGUAGUAUCAUUUAGAUAAAUGGUUAUGGGUUGUUAGUUGCUACAAUGUAAUUUGAAAUGAAUAAUAAAGAUAUACUUCAUAUAAGUAUUUCAUUCGACACAUUCAAGGAUGGCAACUUGUCCAAUAAAUGAAACCAUCUUGUGAAAAUAGCCAUGAUAUGGGAAAUUAAAUGCAGAAUAGAUGCAGUUUAGUUCCAUCCAUCUCCGUUAAUGGAAAUUAAAAGUAUAAUAUAAUAAUGUUGAGAGAUUUUCAACAUUUUCCAGAAAUUUCAAACAAAUGAAAAUCAUCCCUAAUA